AUGUCAUCGAAUAACAGGAAAAAGCUGCUUCUGAUGGGCCGGUCCGGCUCCGGUAAGUCUUCAAUGAGGUCGAUCAUCUUUAGUAAUUACUCUGCCUUUGACACUAGAAGACUGGGUGCUACCAUCGAUGUGGAGCACUCGCACUUGAGGUUUCUCGGUAACAUGACGCUGAACCUGUGGGAUUGUGGUGGACAGGAUGUGUUCAUGGAAAACUAUUUCACCAAGCAAAAGGACCACAUUUUCCAGAUGGUGCAGGUGCUGAUCCAUGUGUUUGACGUGGAGUCCACCGAGGUACUCAAAGAUAUCGAAAUAUUUGCGAAGGCGUUGAAGCAGUUGAGGAAGUACUCGCCGGACGCCAAGAUUUUCGUGCUACUGCACAAAAUGGACUUGGUACAACUAGAUAAAAGAGAGGAACUGUUUCAAAUCAUGAUGAAGAACCUGAGCGAGACAUCGUCGGAGUUCGGCUUCCCGAACCUGAUAGGCUUUCCGACCUCGAUUUGGGACGAGAGUCUGUACAAGGCGUGGUCGCAGAUUGUGUGUUCGCUGAUACCUAACAUGUCCAACCACCAAACCAAUUUGAAGAAGUUCAAAGAGAUCAUGAACGCCAUGGAAAUCAUUCUUUUUGAAAGGACGACUUUCCUUGUGAUUUGUUCCAGUAAUGGCGAGAACAGCAACCAUGACGACGGCUCGAACAACGGUACUGUGCUGCUGGACCCCAAGAGAUUCGAAAAGAUCUCCAACAUAAUGAAAAACUUCAAGCAAAGUUGUACGAAAUUGAAGAGCGGGUUCAAGACGCUGAUACUAAACAACAAUAUCUACGUCAGCGAGCUGUCCUCCAAUAUGGUCUGUUUCAUAGUAUUGAAAGAUAUGAACAUUCCACAAGAACUGGUGUUAGAGAACAUCAAAAAGGCUAAAGAGUUCUUCCAGUGA